AUGUCAGAUCUGUCCUGUAACGCAGAUGUAACAGAUUCUUUUAACAUUACACAGAAUACACCUAUUCCUAAUUCAAAUUGCACUUUGUUGAAUGAUGUAAUUGUUGAAAAUCAUAAUGACUGUGAUCCAUGUACUCAAGGUCCGUCAGUUAAAAAACCUAGGUUAUUUGAGCAACAAGAUACUGUUUGUAAAUUGAAUAAUGGUUUCAAGGAUGGUUACAAUAUAUGCAACUUAAAAAGCUUACCAGAAAUUCAAGAAGAACUUAAAAAAGUUCGACUCUGUUUCGAUGCAAAAUUAAAACUUGCUCUAAAAGAGAAAUUGUCCAAAUAUAUAUCUUUUAUUGAGACAACAGAAAAAACAGUAACUAGUUUAAAGGAAGAAAUAACUCAAUUAACAGGUCGAAUGGAUUUCAUUGAGUCUUCGUCAAAAGACUUGACGAAAUUGAUUAAUGAGCGAAUUCCUUUGCCUGCUCCAACAAGUGGUAUUGGUCAGUCGAGAACUCUUUCUUCUCAAGCUCCUCGUUUACCUGUACUAUCUCAUUCUCCUUCGGUAUCCGCACCAGAUCGAUCUAUACAAACAGUGAAUCCUUCGAAUCGACAACCGAAUCUAACUUCAUCGAAUUCUGUUUCAUCUAGAUUAUUAUCUGUUCUACCAAAAACUUUCGAACUUCAGUGUGUUCCUCCUCAAACUGCGUCAGGUACAGUUUUAGCUAUCCAGGUCAAUGAUACUAUUGACCUGACAUCAGACACUAAUAUAGAAAAUGCUUGGGAAGAACAUUUGGUUUCUGGCUCAACAAAUACGAAAAAAAUAAAUAAACACAGUGCCACACCUCUUUCAAAUUUACAGAACGGGAUUAUUUCCACAAUUAAUGUUCCAACUUCAUUCACAUUUGACACUGGUAAUAGUCUGGAUAAUGGGAAUUCAAAGCAAUCAUAUUUGGACUUGGCAUCUUUAUCUCAAGCUCAGAAUAUAACUACUAAUCAAAUAACCAAUUCUCUACCAUACUCAGUUAUUCCCGAUGUUCAACUACUUCCUGUUGCUUUGCUACCUCCAGUUCCAACACAACCAGUAACUAAUAUCAACCAUCUUCCAUUGCAACCUGUUCCUCAGCUAACUAUUGCAGAAGCGGCUGAAGGAGUUUGUUUACAAUGGUCUAUUACAUAUCCAAUUGGAUCAUUUGAACCAGCUAUUUCUUAUGAAAUUUAUAGUUAUGCUUCAUCUGAAGUCAAUUUAGUCACUGUUCAAACAUCAUUACCAUGGAAAAAGGUUGGUGAAGUAGCCGCUUUACCUUUGCCUAUGGCGUGUACAUUAACUCAUGUUCAAGCGAAUAAUAUGUAUUAUUUUAUUGUUAGGUCAGUUGAUCGAUUACGUCGAUAUAGUUCAUGGUCAAAUGUUGUAAAUGCUUAUGUCAGUUGA